GGUUACUCAGGCGUUCGUACAGCUCGUUACAAAUUCGAAGUGAAGAAUUUUAAUGAAUUGGUGUCAAUGAAAGAAGACCCUCCGAACACUUUGUUCGGCGGACUUGUAUCUGACGAAUUUUCAUUUUUGAACGGUUAUGAUUAUAGAAAUGUAUGGCGUUUGUACUUGUACUUGAACAAUAAUAAAAACAAUGAAAACAAAGACUGGAUAUCGUUGUACGUAAAAUUAACGAUACCGAUUUAUCGAAAAGUUUCAAUAGACGGUUCAUUUUUUAUCAUCAAUAAUACAAACAACGCCCGAGAGUACGUUAGAGAGAUAAACAAGGAAAUUGUCAGUAAUACCCGCGAAGGAUUUUACCAAUUUAUUGAAAAAAAGCAAUUGAUCGAACGGAAAGACACGUUAUUAAUAAAUGAUGUUUUGACAGUAGGCGUUGAGUUUACUGUCUAUGAUGAUGAGUUCAGAAGCAUGACCACAUUGAGAAAAAAUCCUAUCGCUGAGAGCAUCAAAGAGCUCUACGAAACAAGAAAAGACUAUGAUUUCAUCAUCACUGUAGAGAACCGAAAAUUCAAAGUUCAUAAAAUUAUUCUGAUUGCUCGCUGUCCAGUAUUUUCGGCCAUAUUUGCUGGAGCCAUAAAGGAAGGCCACAAAGAUGAUCUGUCUAUUGCAGAUAUCAAAGCCACUGCAUUUAGUAAAAUGCUCGAGUUCAUUUACACUGACCAAGUGACCGACGUAAAUGAUGUUGCUAUAGAUUUGCUAGAUGCCGCUGAGAAGUUUCAGCUAAAAGUCCUUAAACAAGUGUGCGAAAAUUCAAUCUCUCGACGACUGACGGUUGAAAAUGCCAUCAAGAGUAUGCAGUCCGCUGAACGUAAUGAUUCUCAAGAUUUAUUUGCUCAUAUAAUUAAUUUUAUUGCUAAAAAUGCUGCCAGUGUAAUUGAAACUAAAGAUUUUGUCGCCUUUGAAGAGGAGAAACCGUCAACGGGCAUGUUGUUGUUCAAACAAUUGGCACUUAUUAACAAAGAUAAGAAUUAAUAAACCGAUUUUCUAAGAUAAAAUUAAUUAUUUAAAAAUCUUCCAUGUAUGAGAUAAAAAGUUUAACUGAAGAAUUAUUACUUAAAUUUACUGCGUUACCUAUUAAAAUAAUUAAUAAAUUAUGAGAUAUUUGAUUCAAUAAAGCAUUGAAUGAGCUAAUAAAAAAUAAUGAACAUGUAAUUUAUAAAUAAUAUAUUUACGAGAAUAACAACAAGAGAGCAUGCAUUACACACGAUUAUAUUUAAUGUAUAGUUAGGAUGCACUGAAAGGAUUAAUUAUAAAUCCAUAGUUUAUAUUUUUUCAGUUCGUAAAUAUGUACCGCAAGUAAAUUAAGAUGAAAAUAAUAA